CUGGUAGUUUGCCGUCGCCGACAAGCUUGCUUUUGCUUUGGAUCUAUAUGAAGCCCGAAGCCAUGGAACUGCGAUUGUGAGGAUAAGGAGAUCGAUCCGAUCGGUGGGUUACAACUUACAUGGUGAUGAGGCCCGAUCGGAGCGACGCUCAUCUGGCGCCGGAGGAGGAGGUCAAGGCGGAGGCGGAGGCGCGGGAGUACUUCGACAGCAUCGCCCCCAAACGCCACACCAAGCCAUCCCGCAGCGAGUACUCCGCCGUCUACUCCGAUUCCGUCCCGCCCUCCGACGGCGACUCCACCCCCGAGCUCGACAAGUUCCGCGAUCUCGAAGCCCACGACCAGAAACUGGUGUGCGAGGGGAGCGAAGCGGCGGAAGAGUAUGUGGAGACGGAGUAUUACACCGACCUCAACUGCAUCGAAAAGCAACAUCACACGACUGGAACUGGCUUCAUCAAGAUGGACAAGGGCGAUGGCAACCGGUUCGAGCUGACACCAGCCUGCGCCUGUGAUGCGUCUGGUUGCCACCCGCACCUGCAAGGAAACCCCGCAACCAACGAGUGGAUUCCAUCCGCUGAUACUGUACGACCGAGCCCAGACUCGCACAAGCCUACGAGGAGCGACCUCUGACUUGGCUCGCAGAUCUCUCUCUCUCUUUCAACGGAAUAAGCGUUGGGUGUGUGUGUGCAAGUCAUGAAACAUGUAAUCCUGCUCUGUUGCAACCUUUGUUCUAUUGCUGUGUGUCAGUCUGGACUCCAAAUCAAUAAUUAUUUGCAUUCUCCUAUCA